CUCAAAAUCAGUGCUGGAAAACGUCAGCACAAGGUUCCCACGCGGCUUUGUAAAUUUACUUUAUUUACAAAGUACAUUCAUUGCUCAGAUUCAAAAUGGUCUCCCAAGAGCAGAUUCGAGCCAUUGGAGGAGUCCUGAAUAAUAAGGAGAGACCCCUUAAGGAACGUUUCCGAGCCCUAUUCACCCUCAAGAACAUUGGAGGAGGAACGGCUAUCGAGGCAAUAAGCAAAGCUUUUGACGAUGAUUCGGCUCUGCUUAAACACGAAUUGGCGUACUGUUUGGGCCAAAUGCAGGACACCCAGGCCCUCGACAUACUCACCAAAGUGCUAAAGGACACUAACCAAGAGCCAAUGGUGCGACACGAGGCGGCAGAGGCCAUGGGAGCCAUUGGACACCCAGAUGUGCUGCCCAUUCUGGAGGAGUACAAAAAGGAUCCUGUUGUGGAAGUGGCCGAGACAUGUGCGAUUGCUCUUGAUCGUGUGCGUUGGCUUCAGAGCGGUCAGAAGGUGGAUGACAACAAUCCGUAUGCCUCCGUUGACCCUUCGCCUCCAACUUCAGGAGAAAAAACAGUUGCUGAACUGAAAGCCAUUUAUUUGGAUGCCAAGCAGAGCUUAUUCGAUCGCUACAGAGCUAUGUUUAGCUUAAGGAACCUGCGUACCGAGGAGAGCGUUCUUGCUCUAGCUGAGGGAUUGAAGGACUCGUCUGCCCUCUUCCGCCAUGAGGUGGCUUUUGUACUUGGACAACUACAGGAACCCUGCAGCAUUCCCUAUCUGCAGGAGAACCUCGAAGACCGUUUGGAGAACGAAAUGGUGCGUCAUGAGUGCGCGGAAGCUUUGGGAGCCAUUGCCACCGAGGACUGCAUUCAGAUCCUCAAUCGUUACGCGGAGGACGACAAGCGAGUGGUCAAGGAAAGUUGCAUCAUCGCCUUGGACAUGUGCGAAUAUGAGAACAGUCCUGAGUUCCAGUACGCUGAUGGGUUGACGAAAUUGGAUGGGACGAAAUGAUUCACAUAGAGCAUUUGCAUAUUUAAACUGUAUAUAUUAUUUGUAAAUUCUUGUUUUUGUCACGUAGUUUGAUAACGCUGAUCUAAUCUAAUCGGCAUAUAAAAGAGAUCGGACCGUGA